AGUAUGUGUAUCUACAUCAAACGACUGACAGACAAACUACUUACCAGUGACAUGGCUGACAGUAAGCCGGUGAAUCACUGUGUCCAAGUAGACUAAAAAUGUAUAAAGCGUGUGAAGAUAAAUCUCCUACAAGCGACAUUUGAGAAAUGGAGAUAUUGAAAUCACGUGGACAGACCUGGCACCGGAAUAUAAGCAGGGGAGGCAAACAGCGUUUCAGACACUCAGAGCUGGAUUCUGUCCUCCUGCCAGAGAAGGACACAGCUCUGCUUCUAAAACCGCUUGGAACUGACGUGUACAGACGAUGGCUGCUCGAGGUGUUGGUCUUGUGGUCCUCAUCCUCGUCAUCUGGUCCUUUGGGCAUGAGUGCAGCUUGUUGUGUGUGCAUCAGACAGCAUAAGCUACAUCAUACUAUUCCAGAAGCUUCUGUGUGUGUCACAGAUGUCACAAAGGGCGAGGCUGGCAUCAAGUUUGCUGUCCAACAAGAUUUCGCUGAAGCUUAUGAAGCCGCUCAGUAUGAUCUCAGAAACAAGGAGGGUGGCUUCUGUUUUAAUAAACUGUUUCGCACUUGCAACUGAUGCUCAUCUGUUUCCCACGUGACCUGUGGUCACUGCAAUGUCAAGGACAUCCCUACGGACAGUCUCAUCAACGCCACGUGUCUCAAGUCGGAUUCAUCUUGUUUAUAAUUUAUGAAACUUAAUGGGUGUGACCGCCGGUGAUUGAUACUAAUAAAAUCAGAGUGUGGUCCUCACUGUCUAUAGAUGUUUAGAAUACAGUGUACAUGAGUUGGUGAAAAUGCAAAGCUAUAAUAUUUAAGCACUCCACCCAAAUAGUAAUAAAAGUACACAAAGAAAGCACGAGGAGCAUUUUCACUGGUAUCUAUGGACAGGCUUAAGACAUCAAAGCAUGCCGACACAAAAACAGGGAGACAAACAGACAAAUUCAAAUGCAGACAGACAAUUGCAAUGACGAACAUAAAAAAACGAAAUAAAAACAAUCAUUAAAGAAAGAAUGAAGUCAUCCAAGAUUUGUGAAAUGUGCGAAUAGGGUAGAGAGAUCACAAUGACAGCUGAACGACAAUGUGUGUUUGAGUGUGUGAGUGUGCGUGUGUGAGUGGGUGUGAGUGUGUAUGAGUCUGUGUGAGUGUGUGAGUGUGUGAG